AUGGAGGGUCAGAGUAAGGGUAGUUUCAAUGUGAUGGAAGAGAGUGAGAGGAAUGGCAAAGGAAGGUGUGGAUCAAUGGUGGGAACUUGUGAUUUGGUUUUGAGGGUUUUGGCCUUUGUACUCACCCUUGUAGCUGCUGUGGUUAUUGGGGCAGAUAAACAAACUGCCAUUGUUCCAUUCAAGCUUGUGGAAUCCAUGCCACCUUUGUAUGUUCCUGUUGCUGCUAAAUGGCAUUACUUGUCUGCUUUUGUGUACUUUGUGGGGGCAAAUGCAAUAGCAUGUGCAUAUGCAACAUUGUCUCUCUUGUUCAGUCUUGGAAACAGGCGUAAAGGGAUGGAGUCGUUAAUCUCUGUGUUUGACACAUUAAUGGUGGCUUUGCUCUUCUCUAGCAAUGGAGCUGCCAUUGCAGUUGGCCUCCUUGGCUUGCAAGGAAACUUACAUCUGCAUUGGAACAAAGUGUGCAAUGUAUUUGGCAAAUUCUGUGACCAAGUGGCUGCUUCUCUUUUUAUAUCACUUCUUGGAUCAAUAACAUUCCUCUUGCUGCUGCUGCUUCCUCAUGUUUUCAGACUUAAACAAACAACCUAA